CUUUAUGUCGGUUCAUUUCCGCCAAUCACCGACGAGUACGGGAGAAAAUCGAAUGUCGCGUGGAAAUAGUCCCGACGACAGGAGAUUUCAGCAAUAAACCGUAUUGUUUAUUCCCUCGCAACCAUCAUCCUGCAUAUUCCACUUUACAGUUUUUCUAUUUUCUUCUCGCAUCAAUUCUAACGAUAUCGCAGUAGAACACGCACCUCAACGAGGGCCAACAACUGCGCGUGCGCGAAUAAAUAAUUCUAUCUUCUUCUUUUGUCCUUUCAUCCUCCGUCAUUGCUCCAAGAACCGCUCGAGUUUCGAUCGUUUCUUGGUCCACGUGUGCUGUGUGAUCUCGUUCCUGUUUCUCCGGAACCCCGCACGAUCUCCUCGAAGUGAUACACCGCAGUUGCCCGUGUUAAUUCACAAUGGUUUCCUUGAACCCAGUGAGGAUCCUGAAAAAUGAAGCUGGCGAGGAGAAGGCCGAGAUAGCCAGAUUGAGCUUGUUCGUCGGAGCCAUCGCUAUCGGGGAUCUCGUCAAGUCUACUCUCGGCCCUAAGGGUAUGGACAAGAUACUUGUGGCUCAUGGCAGGUCUGCUGGGCAAGUACAGGUUACCAAUGACGGCGCCACUAUACUCAAGAGUGUCGGUGUGGAUAAUCCAGCUGCGAAAAUUCUGGUGGACAUGUCUCGUGUUCAGGACGACGAAGUAGGAGACGGCACCACCUCGGUUACUGUUUUCGCUGCCGAGCUCCUGCGAGAAGCUGAGAAGUUGAUCGACCAAAAGAUACAUCCGCAGACGAUUAUUUCCGGCUGGAGGAACGCCGUGAACGUCGCGAGAGAGGCUCUGGGGAACACCGCCGCGGACAAUUCGGGAGACCCCGAACACUUUCGCGAGGAUCUGAUGAAUAUCGCGCGUACAACGCUGAGCUCGAAGAUCCUGUCUCAGCACAAGGAGCACUUCAGCAAGCUCGCGGUAGACGCGGUGUUGCGGCUCAAGGGCUCCAGCAAUUUGUCCGCGAUACAAAUAAUAAAGAAACGCGGCGCGACGCUCGCGGACUCGUUCCUGGACGAGGGUUUCUUGUUGGACAAGAAACCGGGUGUCCAUCAGCCGCAGAAAGUUACCGACGCUCGUAUACUCAUUGCUAAUACAUCCAUGGAUGCGGACAAGAUUAAGGUAUUCGGCUCCAGAGUGCGUGUAGAUUCGAUGGCGAAAAUUGCGGAGUUGGAGACCGCGGAGAAAGAAAAGAUGAAGGAUAAAGUCGACAAAAUCAUCAAGCACGGCUGCAACGUCUUUAUCAACAGACAAUUGAUCUACAAUUAUCCGGAGCAAUUGUUCGCCGAUGCUGGUGUCAUGGCUAUCGAGCACGCUGAUUUCGAUGGUAUUGAGAGACUGGCGCUCGUCACUGGCGGAGAAAUAGUCAGCACUUUCGAUAACCCGGACUCGGUCAAGCUCGGCAAGUGCGAGCUUAUCGAGCAGAUCAUGAUAGGAGAAGACACUCUUCUGAGAUUCUCCGGAGUUCCGUUGGGGGAGGCGUGCACCGUAGUCAUUCGUGGCGCGACCCAGCAGAUCAUCGACGAGGCCGAGAGGUCCCUGCACGACGCGCUCUGCGUCCUGGCCGCUACGGUGCGCGAGUCGAGGAUAGUUUACGGUGGCGGAUGCAGCGAGAUGAUCAUGGCCUGCGCCGUGAUGCGCGCGGCUGCGGCUACACCGGGCAAGGAAGCGGUCGCAAUGGAGGCGUUCGCCCGAGCUCUGCAGCAGCUACCGACCGUUAUCGCGGACAACGCCGGCUUCGACUCUGCGCAGCUGGUCAGCGAGCUGAGAGCCGCGCACAAUUCCGGCGGCAAUACCAUGGGAUUGGAUAUGGAAUCUGGCAAGCUCGGUUGCAUGAAACGCCUAGGGGUGACCGAGUCUUGGGUGGUGAAGAGGCAGGUUCUCUUGAGCGCGGCCGAAGCGGCGGAGAUGAUUCUGCGCGUCGACGAUAUCUUGCGCGCGGCUCCUAGGAAACGCGUACAGGACAGAGGACGUUGUUAAUUUACUAAAAACGAAGAAAUUAAAAAAAUUAUCUUGUCUCGAUUCCGCGUUGCUUGCGGUUUUUCAUGUCGGACGUACGGUCUAUAAAAUUAAUUAACAUGCUCUAGUAAUUGUAUAAAUUAUCAUUACUUCACCGUUACUUGAUAAUAAUGCAUUUGAUAAUAUUAAUAUACUAAUCGUAUUUAUAUAUUAUCACAGUGAGUAUAGAAUAUAUUUCGACACGUUUCUUCGAAUGUCAUGUAUUUGUAAUUUGUAUUCUGGCUCAGUUUCUUCCAAAUGCAGCAUUAUAGAAUAUUAAGGGAAUAAUAUCGUCUCUGUAUGUUUCGUAUUUUUUUUUUUUUUUAUAACAAUACAGUAGGUUCAACGUCAAUAAAUGCUUUGAGAUACAGCACUUCCGAUGAAUAACGCACAUUAAUAAUAUACUUUACUCAACCAGUUUAUACGCAGGUCCAUAUUCUGAACUUUUACUGCCAAAAGUGUUUCAAACGUGUGAUUUUUCAAUCAAUCAGUCAGGUGAUUUUCAGAUCACUUUUAGAAGCACUUUCAUCGAUAAAAGUGAAUUCAGAAUAUGGGAUGUAGACUAUUUUCGUAACAGUAUAUAGGUAAAUGGUUAAAUAAAGUAUAUUUCACAAUGGUGAGGCAGGUACAGCACAUGUAUAUUGUAUUCAUGUGAUUCGAUUUUUCACUCUCCUCUUCCCUCAAAUGUGACGGAUUUUAUAUCGACAGUAAUAAAAAAAAAA